UCUUCUUCUUCUGUAAUAAUAAAUCCAGCUCAUUCAUUCACUCAUUAAACCCCUUUUCAUAUUUUUGCAUAUAUAUAUAAUAACCCCGUUCAUUACCUGUAUGUAUCCAUUUGUACAUAAAUAACCAUCAAUUCUUUUGUUAACUGUAAGCCUCUUCUUUUUUAGCUGAGUAGCCAUAUCUUUCCACCAUGAAGGCACUUAUUCUUGUUGGAGGAUUUGGAACUCGGUUGAGACCGUUGACACUAAGCUUCCCGAAGCCACUUGUUGACUUUGCCAACAAACCCAUGAUCCUGCACCAGAUCGAAGCUCUCAAAGCUAUAGGUGUCAGUGAAGUGGUUCUUGCCAUCAAUUAUCAACCAGAGGUCAUGCUUAAUUUCUUGAAAGAUUUUGAAAGUAAGCUUGGGAUAAAGAUCACAUGCUCACAAGAGACUGAGCCGCUUGGAACUGCAGGGCCCCUAGCUCUGGCUCGUGACAAACUAGUCGAUGAAUCUGGUGAACCGUUUUUUGUUCUCAACAGUGAUGUCAUCAGUGAUUAUCCCCUUAAAGAAAUGAUUGCAUUCCACAAGUCCCAUGGUGGUGAAGCUUCAUUAAUGGUGACGAAGGUUGACGAGCCCUCAAAAUAUGGUGUGGUCGUUAUGGAAGAAUCAACUGGGAAAGUUGAAAAGUUUGUUGAAAAACCAAAACUAUUUGUGGGUAACAAGAUUAAUGCUGGGAUUUACCUCCUGAACCCAUCGGUUCUGGAUCGAAUCGAGCUCAAGCCCACUUCAAUCGAGAAAGAAGUAUUCCCAAAAUUAGCAUCCGAGAAUCUGCUAUUUGCAAUGGUUUUACCUGGGUUUUGGAUGGACAUAGGACAACCAAAGGAUUACAUCACUGGAUUAAGACUAUACUUAGACUCUCUCAGAAAGAAAUCUUCGUCUAAAUUAGCCAGCGGGGCACACAUUAUGGGGAACGUUUUGGUAGACGAGAGUGCCAAGAUCGGUGAAGGGUGUUUAAUUGGACCCGAUGUUGCAAUUGGGCCAGGGUGUGUGGUUGAGCCAGGUGUCAGACUCUCACGCUGCACGAUAAUGCGUGGAGUCCGCAUCAAGAAACACGCAUGUAUCUCAAGUAGUAUCAUAGGGUGGCACUCGACCGUUGGCCAGUGGGCUCGAGUUGAAAACAUGACUAUUCUUGGGGAAGAUGUUCAUGUGUGUGAUGAAGUCUACACCAACGGCGGUGUGGUCCUGCCACACAAGGAGAUCAAGGCUAGCAUCUUGAAGCCAGAAAUAGUUAUGUGAUGAUUUAUUUGUGUUCAUAUAUACUACUUAUAUUUUAAGAUAGUUGUCAUGAUAUGUUAUGUGUUCUUUGAAGUUGUUUUCUUUUUCAAGGGGGGUAUGUUUUGUUGUAAGGUGUCAUUUUGUCAUGUAAAUAGAAUAAUAAUUUGUUGAGUUAUUUAGUUCUUUGCUUCAUAA